AUGCCAACGCGUGUGUCCAUCGUGGGCCAGCACGGAGAGCCCUCGAAGAUUGCACGAGCCCUCGCCUCAGUUUCAGCUUCCUCGAUUUUUCACGAGCGCGAUGAAAUGGAGCGCAUGUCGAGGGUGCUAUCAGUAGCAGCCAUUGCAAUGGCCCUGAGCCUCCACGGCUGCUCAAGUGGCUCGGACUCAGACAGCUCCAGUGACACGACAGCAUCGGGCUGCAAUGUGGCCGUGGGUCAGGCUUGUGUGACCACUUAUCAAAGUGCCAUCGAAGCGGCAGACACGGAUACGGCCGGGACCUGUGCUGCAGUGGCUGCUUAUGUGAAUUGCGUCAAAGAUUCCGACUGCUGCUCCAAUGUUGGCAUUAAGCAAGGCUUGGAUUCUGUUGUCGACUCCAUGACGGGCAGCUGUAGCCCUUGCGGUACCCUCCGCCCUACUUCGCCACUGGAAGAGGGCCGACGGUUGCAAGGCAGUGGCCCUUUGUCAGCGGCUUCCCCGAGCAGCCGCACUGCUGCCUGCAACGAAGCACAGCAGCUGCGCGGAGAGGUUCUGGAGCUCCGUGCAUUGCUCCAGCGCAGCAAGGCAGCCCAUGUCGAGGAGGCCUCACGCCUUCAGCUUCAGCUGCAGGAUCUGGAGGCGGCAUUGCGCCAUGAACAUGGCCUGCGAGAGGACGCAGAGCGCGGCGAGAGAGUGGCGAACUCUGAAAGAGAUGAGCUGCAGCAUGACCUGGACAUACUCCAGCAUCAGCUGCAAGUCCUGCGGUCUGGCAUCCCGGGCGCUGAUCCUUCCGAAGGAAGGAGCUCACCCCGACGCCGGCGGCCAGGAGAUGACCUGCGAGCACUGGGAAACGAGAUCCUGCAAGUACGGCAAGACAGCCAGGACUUGCGUGGGCAGCUGCUUACCAGGCAGCACGAAGCAGAGCUCCGGCGGCUUCGGGGAGAUCUGGCAGAGACGGAACGGGCAGCACGUGCGGCUCAAGCGAGCUUGCGUCACGCGGAGGACUCGCACGAGCUGCAGCUAUCCACCGAAACUGCGACCAUGCGCCGCCUUGAACAGAGGUGCCGCUUUCUGGAACACGGCGCGGAGGCUGCCGAGGCAUGUGCUGCCGCUGGCAAGUACAUCACAGUCCUGUGA